CUUAGUCUAUUUUUGCAUAAAACAAUUUAUAAAAUGAAAAAAUAUCUGAUUUAUGUUUAUUUUUGUACCGUGCUGUUUUGCAAGUAUUCUGCAUUUCUUUUGUACAAAAACGUUGCUUCCAAAUUAGAAGACAGAGAAGUAUUUGCUGAUGAUGAAGAGAUUAAAAACUACUAUAGCAAUAAGCGAUAACACUAACGGCUAAAGCUUGAAGAUGAGCCUCCGGGGUAUAAAAUUGGUCACAUUAGAUGCUACAAAUACAAUAUUAAAGUUCCGGUUACCCCCUUGGCAGCACUAUGCAUCCGUGGCGCAGGAUUUUGGCUUUACUGUGGAUGCGCAACAAGUUAAAAAGCAGAUGCUAAGCGGCUUUAAAUCAAUGUCUAAAGAUCAUCCUAAUUUCGGCAAAAAUACCAUAGCUUGGGAGGAGUGGUGGAGACAACUUGUAAAGACGUCGUUUACGGGACUCCUGCCUUCAUCGGCAGACGUCAAUGGCAUCGCGGACAGGCUCAUAGAAGAUUUUAAAACUACAAAAUGCUGGAGACGUGCUGACGGCGGUGAAAAACUGUUGAACUUACUCCGCGACAAAGGUGUUUCGGUCGGUGUCAUCUCCAACUACGAUCCUAGACUCCGUGAAGUACUACAGAACAUAAAUUUUGGUAACCAUUUUGAUUUCAUUGUAACAUCUUACGAUAUAGGGUUCAGUAAGCCAAACAAGCAAAUUUUUUGCCACGCUAUGCAACUAGGCAAAUCUUUGUCACCGGGACAGUGUCUCCACAUUGGGGAUGACUUGAAGAAGGAUUACGAAGGGGCGCGGGCAGCGGGCUGGCAUGCGGUGCUGGUCGCUGCGGAGUCAGCUGAGACACCACCAGCCGGGAAGCAUGUGUUCAAGGAUCUGAAUGCACUAAACUUAGCCAUUCAAAGGGAUAAGUUGGUGCUCUGAUCCACAACUAGAUUUAAGUGGGCUGAGAU